CCUCGUUUCAAUCCACAUAACUCGUUCCUACGUCCAUGCGUGUCCACGUUUCUUUCCUUCUCUUCUCAUCACCUAUGCAAUUAUUGUCCUCUCUUAUUAUCUUCACACCUCCAACGAAAGCGCACGAGUCUCUCUCUCUAUCGGUGUAAGUCUAUGGCCAAACGUGCCCAAUGCCAAGACAACACGAGGCUGUCAGCUGAUUUUCGGUUUCGGAGGCUGUUAUCGGAGGCGACGGAGGCGUUUUGCACAGUGCAGCCGCUCUGACGCGAGUAUUGCAUGCCAAUUGUGUGUCCACAUGAUUGAUAUCAAUUGAUAUGCACUGAGAUAAGAUUAGACUGUCGGAGAAGACGCGCGGAUUGGAAAUCGAGCUCGCGAUGUCCGGAGAAAGGCGAACGAUGAGCUCGAAGGCUAACGUGAAAUCAGGAGUGCCCAGAGCAGCCAACAAUGAAGUUUCGACAAGAAGAGCAGUAAUAACUGUUGGCCUCAUCUUUAUAGCCUCAUUGACCGCGUUAUUUUAUGUAUAUACGAGUUUUCCAGAACUAAAAAAAGACGAAAGGCAAUAUAUGAAGCUGCCGCUUCACAUAGAAGAUGCCAAGAAUCUGGGGAAACUGUUGGAACGAUAUAAGGACUUAUAUUACUUCCAAGUAAUGGCGGGAUUGUUCAUCACUUACAUUUUCUUGCAAACAUUCGCCAUUCCCGGCUCGAUCUUUCUCUCAAUCCUGUCCGGAUUUCUGUUCCGCUUUCCGAUUGCCCUACUGCUCGUCUGCACAUGCAGCGCGAUCGGCGCCACCCUGUGCUACUUGCUGUCCUCGCUGCUGGGCAGACGGUUGCUGUACCGAUACUUUCCGGAAAAGGCAAGAGCAUGGACCAUCAUCGUGACCAAGCAUCAUGACAAUCUGCUAAACUAUAUGCUGUUCCUGCGGAUGACGCCGUUACUGCCCAACUGGUUCAUCAAUCUGGCCAGUCCAGUGAUCGGUGUGCCGAUGAUGCCGUUCACCGUCGGCACCUUCUUCGGCGUCGCGCCGCCCUCCUUCGUCGCCAUACAGGCCGGCCAAACGUUGCACAAUCUCACGUCGUCGAGAGACGCGUGGUCGUGGAACAGUGUAAUCAUACUGUGCGUGUUCGCGUUGUUCUCUCUACUACCUGUGCUGUACAAGCAGAAGCUCAAGAAGAAGUUCGAAUAAACGUCGAAACGUUCUAUCGACGAUACCCUCAACGUGACAUUUUGAUAUUACAUUAGGAAAGCUUUCCGAUCGUGUUCGUGGAGUGGAAUAUUCUAUAGAAUAAUUUCUUAGAAAAUUGAAAAAAAAAAAUUAUAUCAAAUGCAAAUAAUGUUGGGAUUAGGGUCCGCUUUCUCACACGGUGUAUGCAUUUAUUUAUAUUGGACACAUGCAUACGAGAUAGCAUGACAAAUUCCUGCGAGCACAACUUCCGCAUAACUUAUUUAUUAUUGUUUGUAAUUUAUUUCUACAAGUGUGUCUUAGAUUACGUGAAAACAUCGUUUAAAAAUGAAAACCAAAUAUAGG